UUUGAAUCUGUUUUUGCCGGAGAAAUCAGGGGCAGUGACGUGAUUCGCUUCAAUAAUUGGUACCGCUUCUAUCAGCUGGAACUUCCCGAUCAAGUCAACUAUCAUGGAUGGUUUACCAAACAACCAGGUGUUCAAAUGACACUGCAAUUUGAGUGGAACAAAUGGAGAGCUAUGGAAACCUCCAUGUUGCUCAACACCUCACCCGAAUUCGAAAUGGCAGUCUACACAAUCUGUGCGCUCAGUGGAGGA